AUGGCAGAAGAGCAUGACCAACUACGAAAUGUGGAGGUUCAAAGUAACUUUGAUGUAGAGGGUGAUCAUGAAGAAAAUGAUGGUGAUGAUGAUUUUCUCAGAGACAUGGAUUUUUCUAGCUUUGACAAUGAAGAAUUCCCACUUAAUCUUAAUCUGGAUCAUGACGACCUAGUUGUUCAAACAACAACCGAGUCUAGGGUUGCUAAUGACGUUCUUAACACAAUGCCUCCUACAUCAAGAUUGAUGGUAGAAUCUUCAAGCCAUAAGGAUGCAGUUUCAGGGAUUCCUCCCUCUGAUACAACUAUUCUUACAUCUACACCAUCUUCUAAUGAUCCGACACAGACACAGACCUCUCUGCCUCCUGUGAAAAGAAGGCGUCUUGAUCCGAGGCAUGGAUUUCUUGUUCAAGAUCAAGCACCUCAAGCUCCAUCCACAGUCGUCACCACAACAAUUACUGUACCACCCGUUCUUACCGAAGAAGGCCCAAGCAUCACGUUUGAAACAGGUGGGUCAUCUGUUGUCCUAGAAUACUCCCCCACAAGGCAUUCGCUAGAUGAAGCCUCCAUCAGCUUGAAGAACAAACUGUUUGAAGCCUUGGAGAUAAAUUCCAGUCUCUGUUUCAACAACCGGAUGGUUUUGAUGUGGUUUGACAAAUGGUUGUUGAAGGAGCACAUAAGUUCAGAGCCACACAACCUCAACUUGGCUGGAUUUUUUCAACUAGCUGUCCCUUUCCACAUUGACGAUCAAGCUCUUUUAUAUAUGGGUACCAGAAAGAUUUUCUUACAGGAAGCAGGGGGUCUUUCAUAUCAACAUGAAAAGUACCAUGUUCCAAUCAUCCAUACAGAUAUAAGAACUAGCAACAUUCUACUUGAUAGAGAAUUGCAGCAAAAAAUAGCAAAUUUUGGGCUUAUAAGACUGCUACCAGAAGAUACGACUCAUCUUAGCACAAAAUUCUCAGGGACUUUGACUAUAGCUGUUCACUUCACCAACCCAUUCCAUGUCAGCACACGUGUAGCAGAUAAAUGCAGUGAUGGCACCUUGCUUUUGCAGGUGAUACUCCACUCACAAGUGAAGGCUAACUUAACCAUACACGAUUCUUGGCUGGACCUAAAAGACGGUUUUACCCUUGCUGGUGAAAGUCAAAGUAAUGGAAGACCAACAUCCGCCUUCUUUCCACUUGUAGUUCCUUCUACAUCAAGAGCCGGAAUCUUAUGA